GAAUAUAAUGACAUAUUGAUGAAAAGGAUACAGCGACUUUGUAAUCUAAGGCAUCAACCUUAUCAGUUCACUGUUCUAGUUCGAGAAAUUCCCAUCUGCGAUGAACACAAGACUCAUGGCUGCUGUGUAGAUCACUUUUUCUCUAAACAUCAUCCGUAUACCUACCGAUCUUUCCACAUUCUAUACAACAGCAAGGACCUUGAGGAUUUGCUGAACCAGGCAAAGGCUAUUGCGAAAAAGAUUGAGGACUUGAGACAGCAUUCCUUGACUAAGAAACACAAUAGAGGAUUUUCACACUCCGAUGCAUUGCAAAUUAAUACAAAAAUAGAACGGCUUGAGGAAAUGCUUCAGGAAGUUUGUCUUAGGAUACAUCAUAUGCGGUGCAAAAAGAUGCUUGAGCAGAAG